AUGAUUGGUAUGGGAGCCAAUCCCACUAAGGUGAAAGAGUAUCUUUUGCAGGUAUCUGGAAAAGUUGUGGAAAUUCGCCAGGUGUUAGCUCAAUCAGGUCACAAUCUCUUUCAGAAGCGUACCAAACAGCUAAAACAAAUUGUCAACGCCUGGAAGGAUGGUCAUGAAGUAGAAGUUGUCUACCUUGGUAAUGAAUCAAUUGAUAACCAUCAAAAUAAAGAAGGUUUUUGUGGUAACAUUCAUGAGACUGUGUCAUCACCAUUGCCUCCAUUUCAACAAAGAAUUGAAACGGAAAGUGUUGAAGUACUCGAGGAUGAUCAACGUGUCAAUAUUGAAACCUUAUCUUCACAAUUGCUGUCACAGGAAAUUGAUGCUGACAAAAUACCCACUGGUAGUCAAGAUGAUGAAUAUUCUUCUCUUGAGGCCUUGCCACUGCCUUCACAGCAACAAAGAUUUGACACUGAAGAACCAUGCAGUAGACAUACAGAUGAUGAAGUUCUUUUUGGAGAAAUUCCUGAAGCGUUGCCAGCCACUUCACAGUCACAAGAACUUACAACAGAAUCAUCAUCAUUGCCAUGUUCAGAGCUUCUUUUUCCCCGAGCUUUUAAAUCAAGAGGUCGACCAAAAGGAGCAACACUAACCUGUUUAGGCAUGCCUUCAAAACAUUGCAAAUCUAUAUCUUUUGCUUCGAAGCCAACAAGAGAAAAGCAAAAAUUGAUGUUACAAUGGUUAUUUGGUAGUGGACAAGAUUAUAAUAUUAGCAAUAUUCAAUCAGUACCAAGUCAGUUCUUAGAUGGACAAGUACAAGAAUGUCUAUAUUUAUUGAAAGAUUUUUUAGAUCUAAAUGUUUUGAAAGAAAUGAUUAAUAAAUGUUGCAAUGAAGAAUGGAUGUGUGGAACCUGUAGCAAUGAUCUUAGGGAUGUUCGAAGUGUUUCCUGUGAUUCCUAUCUCAAGUGGUUCCACUUUUCUUGUGCAGGCAUCAAAAGGCCUCCAAGUAAAAAAGAAUGGUUUUGUAAAGCAUGCAGGAAAUAA